AAGGUCUUUUGACAAUGCCAAUUGAAACAAUUGACAUCAUAAUAGACUAUUUAAAUGCCAGAGACCUACAAAAUCUUUCGAAAUCAUGCCGACAGCUUCGUCGUGCUGCAAGGAUCUUUCAUUUUGGCGUUAAUUCACCAAUCUGGAAAGAUAUAACUAAUGAUUUAAUUAUCGCCCCACCAAUCUCAAAUUAUCGAGAUGGCGUUCUUAUCGAAGGAAAAUUUUAUAUUGCUGUUCUUACUGAAAAUGCACCUAUGUGUUGGAUUCUAGAUUUUACCCAAAGUACGGUCAGUUGGAUGCAAGUCCCUAUUUUAAUUUCAAUGAAUCGUAAAGAAUAUCAUCCGAUUAGAUCUACCGCUGGUGCCGCAAUAAAAAAUGAGAUUUAUAUGUUUGGUGGUGAAAGUAUAUUAACGGGGCAACCAACUAAUAUAAUGUAUAAGCUAGAUAUACGGACCAUGAAUUUAUGUAAGGUUAUUGUAAAUGGAAAUUAUCCUACUCCAAGAUUAAUGCAUUCUUUUGACCCUGUAGAUAGUGGUCAUAUAAUACUUUUUGGAGGACAUACAUCCAUUCACGAUGACGACGAUAUGUGGGUUUAUGAUAGUUGUAAAAACACUUGGCGAAAAUACCUAGCACCGCCGUCAUCACGUUUAUGUCUUCCAAAAGAUUGGAUACCGACGAGUGGUAUAGGCCCCGGGAGAAGGUGUGGAGCAGCCAUAUUUAUUAUGCGUCGUAAAAUAAUCAUUUUAGGUGGAUCUCGAAAAUACAAUGAUACCGAAAAAAACGAAUAUAUGAAUAUAUUCUGUCCCGUAAAAAAAAAUUGGGAACGCGUUCAAAUCGAUG